AUGCUCUCGAGUGGCCACCCGUGUCUAAGAAGGCGCCUUUCUGCCGUCUUGGAUACUGUUGCGGCCGGCCCCGAAGAUCCUCUCCUCUUCCUCUACCCCCGAUGGGCCGCUUCUGCCCUGCAACAACGACGACCGAUCGCGUCUCUGACGCCUGCAGCAACUCCUAUAAAAUGCAAUCGAACUCCUAGCAACCCCCUGCGUGCCACACUCCCAUUGUAUCCAUCCCCUCCGUCAUUCCAUCGCCAGUCGAGCCGAUGGAGCUCUUCCAAUGCCACCGUUCGGUUCCCCAGUGAUUACACUUCAAAACUGUCUACACCUGCAAAAUAUGGCAUUGAUGGGUCUUCGGAAGGAGGGAGUGGCGCUGGUGGCAUUGAGUCAAGCCAUGACAUCAUGGGAUUCCCUGUAAGACUGUCAGGAGAGUCUAAUGAUUUACUUGAGCCCACGUCCGAUACCUCUGAAUCGCGUACCAAACGUCGCGGUAAUAUAAGUCGCAGGGAGCUGCGACAGAGACGAAUUGUGGACGAGAGAACAGCUACCCAAUCUCCUCGCGAAGAAGACCCGAAGACGGCCUCGCGAAAGUUAUUAAUAAACAACUUAUCCGUUCGGGAUCGGAGAAAGCUUCGCUAUGGAGAUUACUUGAGAAGGACACGUGGUCAGAGCCCGUUUGGAAACUCAAUGGAUAGUUGGAAUGACAUGAAGCUGCUGUUGGAAAAGAUACAGAAUGAUCCUCGCACGCAGCCCAAGAGAAGCACCAGAUCCAAAGAGUUACAUAUACCCGAGGAGACGGUAGCUCUUGUGGCUGGCAUCAUGGACACGAGUAUGAAGGAGAACAUCUGGUACGUACAUGUACGGAACGGGUGUAAGGUGCAAAUCUUGCACCCUAGAGAGGGCGACGGAACGAACCGCAAAGCCAUCUUGACAGGAUCGGAGCACGUUAUGGAGUUGGUUGAAGGCCGCUUCAAAAGCGCGCAAGCUGCUCAGGAUUUCGGGGAUCCUCUUGCCGAUAUCAGCAAGCCGCCAGUGCCCAUGUUCGUGGAGAAAGAAGUUCUCUCGCGCAGAAACAUUCCAGCUCCAAAGAUUCGUGGAGUUUGGACUUGGACCCGCAAUGCUGAAGAGCCGCUCACACUCAGGGACGUCCUUGCCUCGCGUCCGUCUCUAAGUUCUGUGAAAGACUUUGCGGAACAUGUCGAGGAUUUAACGAACGCACGAGAACGACCUAGCCCUGGCGUGCCGACACCUCGCAAUAUAAAAUGGACGCCACAUGCCAAGCUGAUCUGUCGUCAUCUUCUGGAGCUCUUUCGGCGUGACGCGUAUCAUCAAAUCAUAUCUACCGCUGCGCUGAAUCGAGCGUUGGAGUUUUUGUGUAAACACGAACAACUCAAUGCUGCUAGGAUUGUUUUCCUGAAGUCAGAACAUGUUGCGACAGCGGACACUUAUAAUGUUCUUCUGCGUUCCGCAGCGCGGCGUCACGAUACUUGGGCAUUUCGCAAGUUUUUGACCUUGAUGCCUCGAUCGAACAUCCGACCCAACGCAGACACCUGGCUUGCUUUGCUAUCGGCUCUGGUCACUUCCAAUGCGAAGGCGUCACUCAUUACACAUAUGGUGCAGAAUGGCUUAAUGAUGGAUGUGAAGGUGAUUCGAACAGCUCUUCAGUUGACAAUUCAAGACUCGCUUCGUGUACACCUUGAAAGCGGACAGAGUGUUAAAUCAUUCGUCGCUCUCAUGGAUAAAACUCACGGGGCAGGUUGGUUUAGUCCAUCAUUACUCGGACAAAUGUUCAGUGUAGCUGCGCGCUGCAAGAAUUUUGCCGCCGUGGACGAGCUGUUGGAUAUCUGUGUCGAGCAAAACUUUGACAUCGACAGCUCUGUCCUCAAUCAAAUCUUGCCCAUGUGUCGUGCCAACAUUCUUACUGCACUUCACUACACAUAUCGUUGUGUCAAGUUCCCUUCAUUCCGAUUUGCGCCUCAGAUAUGGGAGCGUCUGUUUUUCAUUGCCUUCAAAUCCCAUAACUUCAACAUCUGCCGAGUGUUGUGGCGAUAUGCCUGCAUGGAUGGGUCUGUAACCCGCGACAUGAGGAAAACAGUACUCGGCUCAUUGACCCGCAAUGUGUCUUUCAAAAAAGGAUCUGAUCAAAUGAGUACAAUUUGGCGCCUUGAUGCUGGCAAGAUCAUCGUUGGGAUCGAUGCACACUUUGAGGACUACAAGAUUCGGGAAUCUGUCUUGCAGGGAAUCCCCUCUGAGUUUCACGAUAUGCCCCUCACCUUCCUUACAUCCGGCUACAAGGAAGGCCAAGAACGCCUCCACCAGUUUAACCUGGCUCAAUAUCUGAUUUACCGUGACAUGAAAUACGGUUCCAAACUCUAUGAGCCUAUCAACUCCGUUUCUAUCAUGCUCCAAGCUGCGGCUAUCAUAGAUCGCGAUUGGAAGGGUGUCCCGCGUCCGUUGACGUGGAGGAUGCAAAAUGCCAUCCAUGUGCCAAUCAAACGCACCGGGGAUUGGUCCCAGAAUAUAAAAACUCCGCAAAGGUCUUUGGCGUGA